GAUAGCUCUUUUAGUUUAGUUCAUAACGCCUCAUUCUCCUAUAUCACCCUUCAUGCAUAAAACUAUAACAACACCUCUCUCACUAUCUCUUUUUCUUUCUCUCACACAAUUUUAUUCCUUGUAACAACUAAGAACAAACAAAGAACAAGAAUAAUGGUUGUUCUAUCUCAACAAGCUACAUUAAACGAAUUAUUUCACAUAAACAAAUACAAACCAACAAAUCAUCAUCAUGUUUUCAAAGGUGUUCCUGAGGUUGACCUUUCACACCCUGAUGCUAAGACACAAAUAGUCAACGCAUGUAUAGAGUUUGGAUUUUUUAAGGUUGUUAAUCACCAUGUUUCAUUGGACUUAAUGACCAAUUUGGAAAAUGAAACACUCAAUUUUUUUGGACAAUCUCAAAUAGAGAAAGAGAAAGCUGGUCCUCCUGAUCCUUUUGGGUAUGGAAGUAAAACUAUUGGCACAAAAGGUGAUGUUGGUUUGGUUGAAUAUCUUCUUCUCAGUACUAAUCCUGAUAUUGUCUCUCCUAAGUCUCUUCAACUUUUACAGCAAAACACAAAAAAAUUCAGGUGUGCUAUUGAAGAUUAUGUAGUGGGAGUGAAGGAGGUGUGUUGUGAAGUAUUGGAAUUAAUAGCAGAUGGAUUAGAAAUUAAACCAAGGAAUGUGUUUAGCAAAAUGGUAAGAGAUGAAAAGAGUGAUUCUUGUUUGAGAGUAAAUCACUACCCGGCAUGUGGAGAGCUUCAAGCAUUGAGUGGAGGAAAUUUGAUUGGAUUUGGGGAGCAUACUGACCCACAGAUAAUAUCUGUCCUUAGGUCUAACAAUAUUUCAGGACUGCAAAUUUGUCUCAGAGAUGGGUCUUCUUGGGUUUCAAUUCCACCAGAUCAUACUUCCUUUUUUAUCAGUGUUGGUGAUUCCUUACAGGUUAUGACAAAUGGGGGACUAAAGAGUGUAAAACAUAGGGUAAUGACUGACACAAAUAUGUCAAGGUUGUCAAUGAUUUACUUUGGAGGGCCACCCUUAAAUGAAAAGCUAGUACCUUUGCCAUCAAUAUUGGUAUCAAAGGAAGAACAAAGUUUGUACAAGGAAUUCACAUGGAGGGAAUACAAGAAUGCUGCUUACAAGUCAAGGCUUUCUUAUAAUAGGCUUAGUCUCUUUGAGAAAAAAACUUCUUCUCUUGGCCAUGCCAAUUGAAUUAGAAGAUCAUAAAUCUCAUCCAUUUUGACUAUGUAUGUAAGGAUAUGUUCAAAGAGUUGACCUUGACUUUGAUACAAAUAAGGAAAAUCACGAUACUUGUUUGUUUUUACGGCGACAAAAUUUGAUUUUGAA